AGGGCGGAUCUGAGGUGGAGGCGGACAGUGAGGGGGAGGCGCAGCUCACAGCCCUACAGGACGACCUGCUGGAUGCUGCUGCCAGGUGGGGUGCUGACGUGGAUGCUGCUGCCAUGUGGGGUGCUGACGUGGAUGCUGCUGCCAGGUGGGGUGCUGACGUGGAUGCUGCUGCCAGGUGGGGUGCUGACGUGGAUGCUGCUGCCAGGUGGGGUGCUGACAUGGAUGCUGCUGCUGUUGCUAUUUUGGUGCGGCCGGGGGGGCUGUUGGUGUAUUCCACAUGCUCCAUAGAGCCAUCGGAGAACGAGGACAGGAUCACCACCUUCCUGCAAUCACACCAUGUAUGA